GAAAAUAUCGUUCUAUAACCGGCAACGUUGAAAAAUCAGCUGUUAAAUGAUUAAUUUUCUGUCUGCUUUACUGUGUUUUUCCUAUGUACUACAUAAGGAGACUUUCAAGCUCAUUUGUUCGAUUAACUAAAAGCCAUAACGUUCCUGCACGCGUCUUCGGCAUGGACAUCGGCGGGAUGAGACAUGAUUACAACAGUAAGAGCAACCUUUUCCUGGAAGACCAGCUGGAGAGAAAAGAGCCAAUAAGCUUGUUCCAGAAAUGGUUUGAAAUUAUACGAAAUGACUCGCGAACGGUGGAACCGAAUGCCGUUUGUCUCGCUACUUGCACAAAAGACGGAAUUCCUUCAGCGCGCUUUGUUCUUCUGAAAGGCUUUGGAAAGGAUGGUUUUCGUUUUUUCACUCAUUACACCAGCAGAAAAGGCCAGGAGCUUGAAGAAAACCCCAAAGCAGCGCUUACAUUUUACUGGGAGCACUACAGUCGAUCGGUGCGAAUAGAGGGAGAUGUGGAAAAACUGCCCAUAGAAGACGCCGAUGAAUAUUUCAGCAAAAGACCCUACGAAAGCCAGAUAGGGGCGCUUUGCAGCGACCAAAGCAAACCCGUUCGUAAUCGAGAUGCACUCGCAUUGAAAGAGGCUCAUUUACGACAAAUCCAUCCAAUCAACGAAGUUCCAAGACCUCGCCAGUGGGGCGGUUACUUGCUGAAGCCGCAUACAAUCGAGUUUUGGCAAGGGCAAACUGAUCGAAUCCACGAUAGAAUUCGCUUCCGCUUUCCAAAAGACGGCGAACCUGAUAACGAUUUAACGCAUCAAGGCGAGGACGGGUGGAUCUAUGAGAGGCUGUGCCCUUAAGCAUUAAAAAAAAUCAAUGUUAACUAUAAGCAUUCCUUGAAGGCAAAUAAAGUAUUUUUGGGGAGAAA